AUGUCCUCGAUUACGAAGAAGGAGACGAACUUCCGACUCCUGAACCUGCCGAACGAGAUCGUCGAUCACGUCCUGAGCCACGUUCCCAAGUCCGACCUUCCCAAGCUUUGCAUCGUUAGCAAAUCGCUUCGCCGCGCUGCCGAGCCCUUCCUUUAUUCUGAUGUCACUUUUUGCUGGGUUGAUAUUGGCACCACGCCUCCAAUCGUCCCUCUCCUCCGCACCCUCUUCAAGAGACCAGAGCUUUUCGCACUCAUCGACAAGGUGGCGCUUCGGGGACCUUGCUUGGGCGAGUCCACACGCCCUCGCUUAAACACUACUGAGACUCCAGUCCAUCAGUUUCUCGAGGUCAUCGAACAGUCUCGGGUACCAUAUCGCACCGGCUGGAUCGUUAAUCUGCGCAGUGGACAAAUGGAUGCGAUCGCUGCCCUCUUGAUUUCCAAUCUCACCAAAACAACUCGUCUUUCCGUUCAACACAAUUUUAUUGGUGGUCAUGACUUUGCCGGCAAAGUUCUUCGAUCCAAAAUCUUCGGCUCGCUGCCUAGAUUCACUAGGCUUAAAGAGAUUCGAUAUGUCAAGAGCUUGGAUUACCCAAUAUCAGAGGAGAAUAUCAUCUCUGAGAUUGCGCUAUCUCUCUUUUAUGUUCCCACGGUCACGCAUCUUGUAGCCACUAUUCCGAAUCCCAAGGUGUUUAGAUGGCCAAGAGCCGAGCCUAAUCUAGAUCACCUAGUAUCUUUGGAUAUACAAUGGCUUAUUGAGCCAUUCCUAGGCAAGAUACUCGCCCUUACACGAAACCUAAAAUCACUCUCCUGGACGUGGAUUUACUGCGACAACAGAAGCCAAGGUUGGGAAUCAGCAUUUCUCAACUUUGACAAAAUCAUCGAAACUGUAUCACAGGUCAAAGUACAUUGGAGAUACUCAAGUUUCGGACCUCUUUCGGUAUCAAUGGGAAAAUUCCGUCCAGGAACUUAG